UUGCCUCUUCAACCUCGUACCGCACGGCACACAUGUACCAAGCGAUCCCGCCUUCGGACACGGCCUCGAAUGCAGCACCGACGCCUGCGACCCCUGUGGACCUGCAAUACCAGCUGUACCAGCAGCAACAGCAGCAGCGCUACCAAACCGCGCGACAGCCGUCAGUGUCUUCCUUCUUUCAGUCGUCCAGUUCGGUAUCUGCCUCUGCGCCGUCGAAACCACCAUCGAAACCAGCGCACGCAGCCACAACUGCGGCUUCGGCAGGCCGUGCGACCCCUUACACCAACAUUUAUACGCGCCCGACGCCCGCCCCUCCAUCGACAACACGGCGAAAUGCGUUUUCCCGCUACCUCACACGCCUCGGCCGGUCGCUCGCGCUCUUAGGACUGUCCAUAUUCAGCGCAGUCUUCUCCGUUGGUACACUGGGGCUAUUUAUGAUCAUCUCGAGCUUUGCGUCGGGGUGGUUGUCGGUGAUCUUCACCACAUUCUUCGUGCUGAACCUGCUCAUGUGUUUCAUCGGGCCCCUCACCAAGCUCGACGUAUACCUGUCCCAUCAACGUCAUCGCCUUCAACAGGCUGUUCUGGCCGAAUCUGUCGAUAUCUUUGCCGACUGCGUGUAAAUGCUCUUUCCAGUUCUUUCCUAAGAAAGAUGCACGUGCAUGGCAGUGUACCUUGUUUGCCCA